UACACUACUAAGUUAUUGUUAAUACCAAUAAUAACCUUAGCCUUUUACAUUUUCCCAUGUCUUCUUUCACAUCACUACUCUUCUCUUGUGCAGCCAUCGCCGCCUUCCUCAUCCUCCUCCGGCGGUGGCGCUACCGCCGCCUCCGCCUCCCUCCGGGGAGCCUUGGCCUCCCCUUCAUCGGCGAGACUCUACAGCUCAUAUCAGCAUACAAGAGCGACAACCCAGAGCCCUUCAUGGAUCGAAGAUUGAACCGGUACGGUCUAGUCUUCACGACUCACGUGUUCGGAGAACCGACCGUGUUUUCGGCGGAACCGGAAAUGAACCGGUUCGUUCUUGCGAACGAAGGGAAGCUCUUCGAGUGCAGUUACCCCGGUUCGAUAUCGAACCUUUUGGGAAAGCACUCGUUGUUGCUGAUGAAGGGGAAUCUUCACAAGAAGAUGCACUCACUAACGAUGAGUUUCGCGAAUUCUUGGAUCAUAAAGGAUCAUCUUUUGGUUGAUGUGGACCGGCUCAUACGGCUCAACUUGGAUUCUUGGUCCGACCGGGUUCUUCUCAUGGAAGAGGCCAAGAAGAUAACAUUUGAGUUGACAGUGAAACAACUAAUGAGCUUUGAUCCAGAUGAAUGGACUGAGAAUCUAAGGAAAGAGUACGUUCUUGUGAUUGAAGGAUUCUUCACUCUUCCAUUCCCUCUCUUCUCCCCUACCUACCGUAGGGCCAUCAAGGCAAGAACGAAAGUGGCGGAGGCACUAACAUUGGUAGUGAGGGAGAGAAGAAAAGGGAGUGAAAGUGAUGGGAACAGAAAGAAGGACAUGCUUGGGGCACUGUUGGCCUCCGGGGAGCAAUUUUCCGACGAGGAAAUAGUCGAUUUUAUGUUGGCUUUGCUCGUCGCCGGCUACGAAACCACCUCUACCAUCAUGACUCUUGCCGUCAAGUUCCUCACUGAGACUCCCCUUGCCUUGGCUCAGCUCAAGGAAGAGCAUGACCAAAUCAGAUCAAAGAGUAAAACAGGUGCACCACUUGAAUGGUCAGAUUACAAAUCAAUGAUCUUUACUCAAUGCGUUGUGAAUGAGACCUUAAGGAUGGCGAACAUAAUUGGUGGAAUAUUCCGGAGAGCAACCACAGACAUAAAUAUAAAUGGUUACACAAUUCCAAAGGGAUGGAAGGUAUUUGCAUCAUUUCGUGCUGUACAUCUUAACCCAAACCAUUUCAAAGAUGCACGCAGCUUCAAUCCAUGGAGAUGGCAGAAUAACUCAGAGGCAACGAUCCCUGUAAAUGUAUACACACCAUUUGGAGGAGGGCCAAGGCUGUGCCCUGGCUAUGAGCUUGCCAGGGUUGUUCUUUCCGUCUUCCUUCACCGCUUCAUCACCAUCUUCAGUUGGGUACCUGCUGAGGAAGAUAGGUUGGUGUUCUUCCCUACGACUAGGACACAAAAGAGGUAUCCCAUCAUAGUAAAGCGUAGGGAGGAGUCAAGUCCUUGUAUAUAGCCCCAUGAAAGAGCACCAUGUAGAAGAGAAAAGAAAGAACAAGAAUCUUAGAUUGUAGAUCAGUUUUAGCUGUUAAUGUUCAUUAUUAUGUAAUAAAUAAGAACAAUAAUAAAAUUAUUAUAAUUAUGUCUACUUGCAUGUUGGCUUUUAAGGUAUGACUUUAGAUGAUUCUUU